AUGAGUGCAGUCUUCCCUGUUUUGCCUCUUUAGGUGGAUAAGAUAGUGGACCAGCUGCAGCAGUUUGUUCAGAGCUACGAUCUGGCUGCCCUGCGGGAUUACUGGAGUUAUCUGGACCGACGUCUUUUCAGCCGUUUGGAAGAUGUGUACCGGCCAACAGUGAACAAGCUGAAAACCAGCCUGUUCCGGUACUACCUUGUCCAUGCUGUUCAGAAUGGCCGCAAUGACAAGGCGCAGGAGUUUUUCCACAAGCAAGCCUCCGAGCUCCAGAACCAGGCAGAGUGGAAGGAUUGGUUUGUCCUGCCCUUCCUCUCUGCCCCAGACUCCAACCCCACCUUCGCUACCUAUUUCUCACGCCAGUGGGCAGAUACAUUUAUUGUGUCUCUGCACAACUUCCUGAGUGUCUUAUUUCAGUGCAUGCCAGUUCCAGUCAUUCUGAACUUUGAAGCUGAAUGUCUCAGGAGCAGUCUCAUACAAGAAGAAAAUGAAUCAUUGCGGCAUAAGCUGUUUGCUUUGCAGGCUGAAUCCUCCCGGAUGAAGAAAGAGGAACUGGAGGUGGAACAAGCAGUUGUACAUCACAAGUUGCCAGCAUAUGUGGCCAACAUGGAUCGACUAGGGGACUCUGAGCUUGACAUGACCUGCAAUCAGAGGAGUACAGCACAUUCUCUUCAGUCCCGGGGAGGCUUUCUGUCCUCUUUUCUCUCUCAAAGUAAAAAAGGCCCUUCCAGAUCAGCCCAUCCAAGUGGGGCUUCUCCAACACAGACUGGCAGUAUGCUGCUAGGGAAGAAAGAACCAGCAAAUCACCAGAGUGCCAAAGGAAAAGAAGGAGCAGUGAGCUGUAAGGAUGGGAAAAGCCACUUCAGUGGGUUAGUGGCAGGCGACUCAAGUUCCCUGCAGCAGCGGCAGAAGCGCCUGCAGGAGCAUGGGAAGGAAAGGAAGGAACUGCUGUCCAAAGGGACCUCCCAGGGUCAGAGUGCUGAGAAGAAAACGGAUACUAGUGUACCUGAGACAGAAUCAUGCUCAGAGCUGCAUGCUGAGCAAACAGAGACUUCAAGCAAAAUGCCUGCCAGCAGUGCAGAGGCUGUGGGGGUUCGGCAGGAACAGCCUUUCAUCGUCCUGAGCCAGGAAGAGUAUGGGGAGCACCAUUCAUCGAUCAUGUACUGCAGGGUUGAUUGUUCUGGACGGAGGGUGGCCAGCUUGGAUGUGGAUGGCGUCAUCAAAGUCUGGUCUUUUAACCCCAUAAUGCAAACUAAAGCUUCAUCCAUUUCCAAAUCUCCAUUGCUGUCUCUGGAAUGGGCAACCAAGCGUGAUCGACUG